AUGUCCACGGACGAUCACGAAUAUCCCGAAGCGGAGCUGGUGACUGAGGCCGGGCCACAGUGGCUCCGCGCUGAGGUCGAGCGACUUUCCCGGGAGCUCCGCGACACCACCCACGAGAAGAUCCAGGCUGCGGAGUACGGUCUGGCGGUGCUGGAGGAGAAACAACUGCUCCAGCAAAGAUAUGAGGAGCUGGAGGCAGAAUACGAGUCUGUCAGACAGGAACUACACCAGCUCAAGGAGGCCUUUGGACAGGCUCACUCAACUCACAGGAAAGUGGCCGCAGACGGGGAGAGCCGGGAGGAGUCUCUGAUCCUGGAGUCAGCCAGUAAAGAGGCUCUGUACCAGCAGAAAGUCCUGGAGCUGCAGAAUGAGCUGCGGCAGACCAAAGCCUCGCUCACCAAUGCCCUGGCAGAAAAUGACCGCCUCUCAUUGAUCACCCUGGAGAUGAGAGAGAAUUCAGAGCUUGCAGACCUGCAGCGUACUCAAAUGCGUGAUGAUAUCAGAGAGUAUAAAGUGCGAGAAGCUCGACUGCUACAGGACUAUAGCGAGUUGGAGGAGGAAAAUAUUUCUCUUCAGAAGCAAGUGUCUGUCUUGAAACAAAACCAGGUGGAGUUUGAGGGCCUCAAACAUGAAAUCCGUCGCAUGGAAGAGGACUCCCAGUGUCAGCACAGUCAAACUGAGGAGGCCAUUCAUCUGAGAGAGAUCGCUGAGCGGCAGCUGGCCGAGGCCUUAGAGACGAUAAAGACCGAACGUGAGCAGAAGGCCAGUCUUCGAAAAGAACUCUCCCACUAUAUGACCAUCGGGGGGUCGGUCUACAACAGCUCAUUUAAUAUAUCUAUAGACAACCUGAAGCUUCAUGAUGACCCCUCAGCUACAGAGCCUGACAAUGAUGACCUUAUCAGUGGUUUUGAAAAUGGAUUGGUCAAAACUGGUGAAGGGGACGAUGCUAACAAAAGAGAUGGCUUCAAACCUGCUCCCAGCUUAGUGGAUGACUUACUGAGCGAACUCAACAUAUCAGAGAUUCAGAAGCUCAAACAGCAGCUUGUACAGGUGGAGCGAGAGAAGGUUUCCUUGAUCAGUUCUCUUCAGGAGAGUCAGAAGCAGCUGGAGCAGGCCUAUGGCACUGUGUCUGAGCAAAAGGAGACAGUCAACAGGCUGACAGAGAACCUGAGCGCCAUGAGGAAACUCCAUGCCAGCAAAGAGCGUCAGUCGGCUCUGGACUCUGAAAAAGACCGGGACAGUCACGACGAUGGAGAGUACUAUGAGCUGGACAUCAACGGGCCUGAGAUCCUCAAGUGCAAAUACACUGUGGCCAUGUCUGAGGCAGGGGAACUGAGACAGGAACUGAAAAGCAUAAAGGCAGAAUAUGAGCAGUGUCGAAGCCAGUAUGAGGUGGAGCGUGGACGACUGGAAGGCACGGUCCAGGAGCUGAGGGCCAGUCUGGCCUCUCUAGAGAAGAUCAGCCAGGCGGAUAAAGCCCUAGUCGCCCGCCUGGAGAAAGAGCUGCAUGUGGCCACUGAGGCUGCGGGAGAGUCUCUGGGAAGCCUCAACAUCGCCCAGGAUGAGCUCAUAGCAUUCAGUGAAGAGCUUGCAAACCUUUACAACCACGUCUGCAUGUGCAACAAUGAAACCCCGAAUCGUGUCAUGCUUGACUAUUAUAAAGAGGGAAAAGCCUUGGUCCGAAGAGGUCAAGAAGGAAAAGAACUCACUAAUGGUCUGACUGAGUCAGCUGCUGAUCAGCGGCCAGAGCCCAUGAACAUCUAUAACCUGGUAGCAAUCAUUCGGGAUCAGAUCCGCCACCUUCAGCAAGCUGUGGACCGCACCACGGAGCUGUCCCGCCAGAGACUGGCCAAUCUAGAGCUGAGCUCAGUAGCAGACAAAGACAAAGAGGCUUGCAUGGAAGAAAUCCUCAAACUGAAGUCUCUGCUGAGCACUAAACGAGAACAAAUUGCAACUCUUAGAGCAGUCCUAAAGGCUAACAAACAGACAGCUGAGGUUGCUUUGGCAAACCUAAAGAGUAAGUACGAAGGUGAAAAGGCGAUGGUGACUGAGACCAUAACGAAGCUUCGCAAUGAACUGAAGGCUCUUAAAGAAGAUGCUGCCACAUUCUCCUCUCUGCGAGCCAUGUUUGCUACAAGGUGUGAUGAGUAUGUUACUCAACUGGAUGAUAUGCAGAGACAACUUGCUGCAGCCGAAGAUGAGAAGAAGACCCUAAAUUCACUGUUGCGAAUGGCCAUUCAGCAGAAACUGGCCUUAACACAGCGACUCGAAGAUUUAGAGUUUGACCACGAACAGGCACGUCGCAACAGUGCCACAGUAGCAGCAGGCAAGGGCAAAAAGGGAAAAGGAGCCAGCCACAAGUAAAUAUGUCUUCCCAAGAUCAGAGUCCAGGUUCCUGUGCAUCUGGUUCUUUUGUUUUCUUACAGUAUUCGUCAAGUCACUUUCUAAAGUGCCAAAGUGGUUUGCCUUCCAGCUCUCAGUUGUUCGACACUCAUAUGACAGAGAGUGAAUGAUUUCGUAUUGCCUAAACUGAGCACUUUAAAAAAAACAAAAAAAAACAAACAAACACAUUUUUAUUUUGAACUAAUAAUGCCACUUAUGAGUAUUAUGUCGUUUUGACUUUUUAUGCCAUAUAUAUCAUGACAUUCUUGAGAAUAUAACAUAUUUAUUUUAUUUUUGUUAACUAAUAAGGAAUAUUCUGUGGAAUACCUUUAAGACCUGCCAUUUCAGAUGCUCUUCUGCCUUAACUCUUUUCCUUAAAGCCUUCUUGUGACCGGUUUCCUUAUCACUGCCUGGAAACAAAAAGAUUUUAUGAAGCAAAUGUGAUAAAUCUCAAAAAAUAAAAAAAUAAAAAUCUAUUUAUAGCUUUUACAUAAGGUUUUAAACACAAAUGUUCACAUUUGUUUUGUAUAAAUUAUUUUAAUGUUAUAGAUGGAAGAGCUGUUACAUAUCAACUUGUUAUAAAUAAGGAAAACAUUAUUUAAAAAUGUUUAUGCUACAAGUGUCAACAGUAUUUCGUAUUGUCCAUGAAGGAGAGAUGUUAUAGAUGUUUUACUUUUUAUAAUUUUCUAACAUUUUGCCAAUACUCUUGCAGUGCCCAGUUUGUUGAAAAAGCACAAUGACACAUAGUAAUAAUAAUAAUAAUAAUAAUGCUAUGCUAUAAUUGUCACACUAGUUUCAAAUGUCCCCUAACAUUUGAGUUCUUUACAUUUGAGUUCUUUACAUUUGUAUGUUUUACUACAACUGCAACUGUAUUUAUUUCAUUGCCCCUUUUUUCCACAAGGUUUGAGCUGAGUGACCUGGUAAACCACUUGAAAGAUUCAUGUCUGUGUCUGGCAUCUGUGGUAAUAGCCUACUUAUGUGUCAUUAUGUGUCAUGUGAAAUAAAUCUAAUUUUCAUU